ACAACUGGAAUGACUUAAGUGCUGCCUGAAAAACUAAAUUCGGAGAAUAAAAUGCCCCGGUUUGCCUUUCGGCCAGCCUUCAAAUUUUCCCCGCCUUCAUCCUAAAUGCUUUCCUGCUUUACCGUCUAACUUGACGUGAAUAUGGCGGCAAAGGAGACUGUAAACAGUUACCAAGUGAGCGUUGAAUCUGUCGUGAACGGCUGGCUAGUGGAUUAUUACUUCUUUUUGGCGGUAGAGUUCUUUAAAAAUGAACAAUACGAGGAUUUCUGUGCCAUUAUAGAUAUACUCGACUGUAUUAUGGCGCGCCCUUUGGAGUCCACGGAUGACAUCGCAAUGAAAUUUCGAGUGUUGCAGUUUAUCUCCCGGAUAAAUGAGGGUGAAAACCUUGGUGUUUCAUUUGAAAUGGAUGUGCCAUCAACUCCUCUGGAAUCAGCCUUAAUGUUACUGGAAAAAAUAAGCCAGGAAUUCAGUAUCCCACAGCAGGAGUAUGAAAAGGUGUCCUCUUCUCUUAAAGAUAUGAUUGUGGGGAUUUUCAUCAAAAACAGUAAGUUUGAGAAAGCAGAAGAGGUGCUGAUGAAACACUUUCCUCCCAAAAAUAUUGGAAAGAGAGCAACAUUCAUGGGUCUCAUCAGGAAAAAGAAUAAGAUUCAUGAAGUCAUUGAGCAAAUCAACUUUCAGCACUUCAAGGAGGAGAUGCUUGCGUUUUGCCUGAGGAUCUGCCACUUCAGCCUUCCUCUUCUUCAUAAGGCUGCAAAACAUCUCAUUGAUAAAACCCCUGUGGAUCAAGACAGCACAGCAACUGAAAGUGAUGAACAAGCUGAACCUCAGCCAUGCUCUAGUUCACAAAUAGCCACUGUCCAGUUUGUACCAUGUACACAUUCACUUAUCCCGAAGACCAGGCUAGAAGCGGCCUACAAAUCCCUGGCCACAGGUUUAAAUAAAAAAACAUUUGCUCAGUUGGAGGAAGAAGUAGACAGAGAGGAGCUGGAAAGAGAAAAUUUUUGCGAACAGCUUUCCAUGACAUCAGAGAGGUGCACAAGUGUGGACUUGGAGGAACUGUUAUUUCAGAGAGACUCAGGAGGCCCUAUGGAAGCUGCCCCAGCAGACCAACCAACACAAGCAAAUGCCAUUCCUCCAAUUUGGGCAGAUUUACACUUUAAGAAUCCGAUUGUGCUGUGUAAAAGAGAGAACUACACUGUGUCUCGGCUGGUGGUGGAACCAGACAGUCAGGCAAGUUCACGCUGCACAACCGCUUUAGAGGAACUGGAACCUGAGGUCAGAAGGAAAAAAACACCACAGACACUGUCUGCAUCUAAUGAAAAAGACCGUCAGUGUCGGGGAACGGACAAAAAAGGUGCCACACCCACCCAAAAGAGCCACAUUCAAGCCAACAGAACUCGCACCAGGAAUCAGGAUAAUAUGGACGUCAGCCGUACCACAUCCUCUUCAGUGGAGAGCUCACCAAGUGAGUCACCUUCUCAUCCUGUCCGACAAACAACCUCCACUCCUCACAAGGACUCUGGUCAAAAGAAAAGUCCUCGUCUUUUAAAAUGGAAGCGACUGUACCAUGAUGCACAGGAGAGCAAGGGCGAUGAAGAGUCGUAUGUUACCCCUAACAAGAGCGGCUCAGACAUGAGCACCAAUUCAAAUUCUGGCCAAAGGAAAAGGAAAUGGACAGAGAGUGAGACGCAGAAGUUAAAAGACGGGGUCAAAAAAUUUGGAGAGGGCAACUGGUGUAAGAUAAAGGAACACUACGGCUUCAAAGAUCGAACAAAUGUCAACCUGAAGGACAGGUGGAGAACAAUGAAGAAGUCAAAUAUCGUCUGACUCACCAAUGUCAUUUUUUAUCCCAUCUCCAUUUAUUUAUUUUUGUUUCUUAAGCAAGUUAUUGAUAAUUUUAAAAAUUUGUUUAUAGAUUUGGUAAAUGUUCAGUGUUCACGGCUCAAAGAUUGUUUUGUUUUGAGGAAGGGAUAAAAUGUUACUGUAAGAAUAAAAAUCUUUGAUAGUC